UAGAUACACGCCAUAACAAUACACUGUAUACAUGCCAUAACGCGGCCGCUCCUUUUGCCGGACCCGUCGCGUGGAACGGUUAUUAUUUUGAGAGCCCCUGUCCGAAAAAAAAAAAAAACAUCAAUAAUAUUAUUGAUAACAACGCGGCUCGACCGAGUGCGGUUUGAACUUUAUAUAAUUAAAAAUCCAUACUGUGCCGAAAUAUAAUAACGAUAUUUUCCUUUUUGUCGUUCUAUGCUCUUGUCCACCUUGCCUGCCUACCUUGUGUAGUAACAUUGUUAUGAUGAUGGUUUAUUGAACGGCCGGCGAGCGUCGCGCGAUGACGGUUGUUCGGGGGCCUUAAUCAAACAAAUUAUUCGUUUCCACACAUCGUCAUCAUGUGAAUAAAACAAUUAAAUUACAAUAUCAAAGGACAAGAAGACGUGCAAGCACACAUAGUCUGAAAAAAAAAAAAAAUUACAAAACAGGAACCAUGAAGAAAUUCAUCAUCUCACUUUUGCUCUUUCACAUAAUACUGCCGUUGAGCUUACUAAUAUGUGUUUGUCUGAAACAAAACGCAUUGACUGGAAUCUAUCUUUUUUUACUAUUAUAUCUUCCAAUAGUCAAAACGCCUACACCAAAAAAUAUAAAUGGAAGUCCUGGUUUUUUUUUAAAACUCGUUACUACAAUCAGCUGGCUAAUGGCGUUGGUACAGCUUGUAUUCCAAAUUGUCCUUCUUACGAUGCAACCUUACGGACAAGUACUACAGCCAGCUUGCAGUCGCGUGGAAAGUUUGUUUCGAUACAUUGGAUUCAUCGAGCUAUCGAAAUUGGAUUUGUUUCAAAUAUUCGAAUUCUACAUACCCGAAUUAACAAUGAUAUGUGCUUCCACUAUAAUUCAAAGGGCUUUGUUGAAAAUCAACGACACACAAGAUGAAACGUCGGACGAAUUCACCGGAGUCGCAAACGCCGAUUCCAGAGUGUCACACCAACAAAAGAGUUCCAUAGCUCUUACGAUUUCCAUUGGAAAAUAUUUAUGUCUAGUCAUGAUUUGCUUAGCCGGAAUCUCUGUGCCGUCAAUAACUAGCGCGGUGUAUUACAUUACAUUUUUGGGCAUAAUGACUUGGUGGUCGUGUUAUCAUCCCAUAAGUCGUGGAUUCGCAUAUUUAUUUCGUUUUAUAUGCUCGGUUGCUUGCGUUCACGUGGCCGUUCUUUUUGUCUACCAAAUGCAGUGGGCACAAAUACUUUUACCUCCAGACUCGGCUUAUGCAAGAUAUUAUGGUCUAAUUCAAAUUCGACAAACUAUAUGCACCGACAUUGUGACCGUGAAAUUUGUCGUCUGCGAAUGGCCUUUGUACGCACUUCCAUUAAUUUUAGUUAUCAUGCAUUAUCUACUUUGGUUUGAAUCUCUUCUUAUUUUGAACAAUCCGGAUAUUGAACUGAAGGAGUCGUUAGGGAUGACUCGACAAGUAACGGUUCGUUUGUCCCAGAAAGGUCCUAGUAAAUAUUUCUUUCGAAACAAAACCAAUCGAUGGCGUGCGGCUACCCGCAAAGUUUGCCUAAUCCGCAGUCAAGCUCCGCUGUACACUACAGGACCGACUCCAAGUGAGACUCCGUCGUGUAGCGUUAUUGAAAACGAGAACCGAGAGCCCGCUGCCAAGAGGGAUGAUCACGUUGACGAUAGUAGUAAUUACGAUGAUUACAAGUCAAACAUUUUCUAUUAUUUAAUGGAUGUUCUGAGUACGGUGUCUCAGUUUGUUACCCGUACAUCUUAUAUCGGCACUAAUAUUGUUAUGAUGGCUUGGAGUAUAACUUAUCACAGUUGGUUGACAUUCGUACUGCUUUUGUGGGCAAGUAUUUCAUGGAUGGUUCCCGAACAGAGGAAAACAAUGUUGCGGUCAUCGCCGCUAUUGGUUUUUUAUGCGGAAUUUUUACUCUUAUCUCAAUAUUUGUACGGUAUGAACUUAAACGACUCGGAACUUCCUCAGACUAUUCAAGGUUGGAAUCUGGAACAAAUCGGUUUCACUAAGGUUCUUCAUUUUCCAAUCAAACCGUUAUUGAUCAAAACUCUAUACACUGCAAUGUUUUGGAUAACCAUGCGACAGUACAUGCAGGAACGACGAGAAGCCAGAAGUCAUUCAGCCGUAGCGAACAUGAUCGCUCCCUUGCAAGUCACAGUCGGUACUGCAACUGCCAUGGGAGGUGAUUCGACGACAAAAGGAAGUCAGCUAAUGCAACGAAUCGGAGAAAAGGCGAAAAUAAUUUUGACAAAGUUUUGGAUAUGGGUCGUGGCGUUUGUGUUGUUUGGGAUCGGCAUAACCGGAGAACGAAUGACGAUAUUUAGAAUUAUCUACAUGGCACUGGCAUUGGUGUUUUUACUGAUAUUUCAACUGUCUUGGGUGUUAUGGCGUAAAAUCAUGUAUGGCUUUUGGUUCACAGUCAUUAUAUACUCGAUGCUCAUUCUAGUCAUGACGUACACUUACCAGUUUGAUAAUUUCCCAUAUUAUUGGGAAAAAUAUUUGAAAAUUCCACCAACCCUUCAAUUAGACAUUGGCUUGGAAAAAUUUGAAACUGGAGAGUUGUUUAUACGACUCUUGACGCCUACGUUUUUUGUUAUUAUAACUGUAGUUCAACUGUACUACUUCCACAAAGACUUUUUAGCCAUUUCUGAUAUCAAAAGCAGGGGCACAAGCUUUAGAAACGCCGACAACGAUUUCCUUGGUUCGGACAGUGAAAAAGAAGUAUCCGAUUCUAGUGAAUCGGCAUUGGACAACGAGUAUAGAAAACGUCGUCUGGCACGACAAAGCUUCAUUUCUGAAAGACAAUCGUUUAAAGUGUUUAAAAAUUUACCCAAGUUCAACUUCAGCUCAUUCUUUAAAAUACUAAAGAAGUUUCUCUCUCAAAUCAUUGAGUUAACUUGGCUCUAUGCAGAAUUGCACAUGAUAAAAAUUAUUUUAUUUUGUGUCAUGUUUUUGGCAGUUUAUGAGGUGUGUGUAGUUCAUUUUGCUUUGGUUGUUCUCGUCACCAUCUCGUUGGUGUUCAAUAAUCGUUUACAAUUAAUUAUUGUUUACAUCAUAUCCGUGUUCAUAUCGGUGUUGUUAUUGGCCAAAAUGAUAUACCAGAUAGAAUACAUACGAGAAGACACAUGGAACGUGACAUGUCCGGACCCGAACGAUCCGAAAGAAUCGAGAUCGUACAACACUGCUAACUGGGUCGGAUUUAAGAAAGCCACUGCUAGUAUCUCGUUGCUCAAUCUACUAAAAGGCUAUAUAUGCAUAGUUUUUGUCAUCACACUGCAUCGGGUCGUGAUAACUCGACAGAAAUACAAGAGACACUUAAAAGGCAAACCACUGGCCGAUCCGGAAAUAAUGUUCCCACGUGUCACGUACAAAGAAGUCGACUUGGAUAUUCCUCAUUGUCUGAAGUAUCUACUGAAUUAUGGAUUUUAUCGUUUCGGAGUCGAGAUAACAUUGAUUUCCGUUGCUAUACUCGUCGGCACCAGAAUGGACUUGUACGCGGUGCUUUAUACAUUUUGGCUAUUGAUUUUCGUUAUGCUCUCUAGAGGAACUCUGGCCAAAUUGUGGAUAAUAUUCAUGUUCUUCAUAGUGGUGACUAUACCGUUCCAGUACGCUAUCGUUAUCGGAUUACCUCCAGAUCUGUGCAUCAGCUUGCCGUGGGAUACGGAUAUUUUGAAAAAUCUCAGGGAUUGGAUGUUUUUGCCGGAUCCCGAUUCGCCACCAGAUUCAUAUAAAUUACUUUGCGAUUUCUUUGUAUUGUUGUUUGUCUCCUGUCAAUCGAAUGUAUUCAAAAUUGAAAGAAGAAACAUAGGUAGUGAAUAUCCGGGUGGCACUAAUCGUUCGAUAAUCGAAGAAGCUGAAAAACCAAGCUUUGUGAAUCCAGUGCCGGAUUUCGUUUCGCACAUAAGAUCGUGGCUUGAUAUAGUAAAACGCAUCGUUCUAAUUGGAUUCAUUUGGUUCACGUUGGCCAUCGUAUUUUUGGCCGGCACCAACAGAGUGAACUUGUUUUCACUUGGAUAUCUCAUUGGCUCGUUCAUAUUUUUAUGGCAAGGCAACGAUUAUUAUCUCAGACCUGUAAAUGUCAUUCUUAAAUGGUGGAACAAGCUGAUUUUGUAUAACAUCACUGUUAUCUCGUUGAAAGCGAUAUUACAGAUACCCGGUUGUAUCUAUAUGAAUUCCAUGAAAAUGAAUGCGUGCUGGAUGAUCCAACUUUUUGGAAUAUCAUGCAUUCAAAAAUUUUCCACACACCAACCUAUUAUGGCACCGUCGGAUAACGAUGAUUGUGAAAUACCAGUCGAGCACGUCGGAUUAGCGUGGGACAUUCUUUGUUUUGGAUUUUUGAUAUUUCAAAGACGCCUGUUCAAUAGUCACUAUUUUUUCAGAAUAGUCGAUGAAACAAAAGCAAUGGCCAUACUGGCAUCUAGAGGUGCUGAAUUAAUUCAAGAACUCGCACAAAAACGAAUUCAAGAACAACACGAAUCCGAAAGAAAAGUCUUAGAAAAAAUCAAAUCCAAAAUGGAUCGGAUCAAAGCUACGCAGAAGAAAAUCCAAGGACGUGGAUCCAAGGAACCCGAGUCUCACGAAAGAGCCGCAACACCGGCGUAUGCCCCGCUAGCCCGCAACCUAUCGGGCAGCUCCAUCCUGCAGAGCUUCCACACGCCUCUGGAAGACGAGCCCCCCACCCUGUCGUACCUGCAACCGCCCACGCCUACGUCGACCGUGCUGACCGCAUCGCUGGAAGCGUACCUGGACCCGCAGCGGAUGUCGUUUAGCAGUUCCACCAACAACAGGCGGCCACUGUCGUUCGACGAAAGCGCCAUAUACUCCAACGUGUUCUCGCCACCGCCCACAGUGCUGCAACACCGUCGUCAGUCUUCGCUGGGCGUACCGUCCACCUGGUACCCCCGCAAGCGAUCCGCCUCGGCCACCUACUCCCACCAUACUUCCGUCCGUUCAGGCGAUUAUUAUAUGUUUGAUGAAUUUGACGACGAGCUGGAUUCAAUUGUCGAGAAAGACAACGAACUGAGUGACGAUUCUUUGGAGGAGAGUUCAGAAGACAAAAGUACCAACGAAAACGAAUCUGAUUACAAAAAAAAGAAGGAAUUUGACAAGUCAACGGUCGGAGAAUCCAGUAAAUCGACAAGAGAUGACGACGUCGACGGAGAAGACAUUAUUCAAGACAAGGAUGUGAAACUAACGUUUGGACAAAAAAUCAAAGUCAACAUCAACGUGUUCAUGUCGUUCAUAAACAGCUCGACCAUAACGUUGACCAGAAAUUUAAACAAAAUAUCCCGAGACUACAGAUACGUUAUUCGUACUUUGGCCGUGGAGAAGAAAACAUUAAAGAAAAACAGAGGAUUCGGAAUCGGUCUGAGGACGGGCUCGUCGAUGAUAUGGCAACCGAUGCCUUUUGUCGGCAAAAGCGUGACGUUAAGUGCUGAAAAAUUAGAAGAACUGGAAGAACAACAGGAAUUGAACGCGUCCAAUCAACCGCAGCUGAUGCGUCUGCUUUUGGCGUUAUGGUUUUCCAUUAUAUCUCAUUCCGACCUGGUGUGUUACUUCAUGAUAUUCUUGCAUCAGAUCAAAUCCGCCACGAUACUGAGUCUUCCGUUGCCGCUGAUGGUUUUCCUGUGGGGAACACUGACCGUUCCACGACCGACUAAAAACUUUUGGGUGACGCUUAUCGCGUACACGGAAGUGAUUGUUGUUAUCAAAUGCAUGUUCCAAUUCGACAUGAUCCCUUGGAACCAACAAGUGGUCACCGACAACAUGCCGUUCUUCUUGCCCAGAAUAAUCGGUAUCGAGAAAAAACCAAAUUAUGCCACCUACGACUUGUUCCUGCUUUUGGUAUUGUUCUUUCAUCGGACCAUGCUUAAGUCGUUGGGUCUAUGGAAGAGCUCGUUGUCGUUCAAAGGAACGCCCAUUAACCAGGUGUCGUUGUUCGACACGAUAGACACGCGUUGUUCCAUCAGUUCGGAAGGCAAUCAAGGGUCGCUGGACCACGAACCCAAGACCGAGCAGACCACCGUCGUGAUGGAUCCCGAAUUGCUGAGCUCAAACUACAAAGACGACCGUUUGUUACUCAAGUCCAACGAACAUUCGUUCGACAAAUCAAACUCUGCCGAAACCGAUAACCUGCUGGAAACGAUGCCCUUAUCUCUCAAGAAGCAUUGCAGUCCGCUGAUAUACUUUUUCGAACAGCUUGUCGAUUCAAGCUCUCGUGUCAAUGCCGAUGUCUACACGUACAUGUUUUUAUGUGACUUUAUCAAUAUAUUCGUUGUGGUGUUUGGAUUUUCCGCCUUCGGAUCUCAAAGCGACGGCGGUGUUUCGCAGUAUUUCGAAGAGAACAAGGUUCCCGUGCCGUUCUUAAUCAUGUUGGCCCUUCAGUUUGCUUUGAUCACCGUUGACCGUUUGCUUUACUUGAGGAAAUAUAUAUUGGGGAAAAUUCUAUUUCAAUUUGUCCUGAUAAUCGGAUCACACAUUUGGAUGUUUUUCAUACUUCCGGGCGUUACAGAAAGACAAUUCAACGCUGUCAUUCCACCUCAAGUUUGGUACAUGGUAAAAUGUUUUUAUCUACUGUUGUCUGCGUAUCAAAUAAGAAGUGGAUAUCCGACCAGAAUCCUGGGCAACGUGUUAUGCAAAAAUUACAAUUACAUAAAUAUGAUUUUAUUCAAACUAUUCAUGUUGUGUCCGUUUGUGUUUGAACUGCGAACAAUCAUGGACUGGGUGUGGACGGAGACUUCGAUGACGUUGCCCGAUUGGCUGAAAAUGGAAGAUAUUUUUGCGCACAUCUUUCAGUUGAAGUGCUCGAGACGUGUAGAAAAUGACUAUCCGAAUCCCCGGGGCGUUAAAGUUCAACCGUUCAAGAAAUACCUGUUCGGAGGAGGAUGCCUCAUCGGGUUGGUAGCGGCCAUAUCGUUUCCACUGGUGUUGUUCGCUCUUGGCAACACUGUCGGCGAACCUAAUCUACCAAACAGCAUCAAUCUGAGAGUAACGCUCGGAUCGAACCAACCGAUUUACACGAUGAACAUCGAAGGAACGAUUGAAAAGUUCGACGAAUCCGACUGGUACGCAAUGAUCAACGUGUACAAGAAAUCGCGUUCGGCUCAGACUUUUUUGUCAAACUAUGAUUACGAAGACGUCGGCGUCUUUCGCAUCACCACUCAUUCGGCGGAUACUUGGUCGAUCAGUCCGCCCGAGUUGGAGAGCAUGACUGCACACCUGAACGCGACCAACGCCACGUACACCGUGAAAACCCACUGGGUGAUCGACCGCAAGAACUCUUACGGUGAGCAACCCAAAACGGUAUCGGACAGCCGCGAAAUCACCAUCAACGGCACCACCUGUGCAGAGCUGGCCAAUCUUCUACUGACCAAAGGCAACGACACCACUCCGGUAAUGUUGUUCGGGCUCAUUCCCAAGUUCAUCAAAGUCACCGGUUUCGGCGGUGCGUCGGCCGUGUCCCAGCUGAUGAUAAGCAACGAAACCGAACCGUACAUGAACGUGAGCGUGCUGUACAACUUGCUCAACCACAGCGACGAGAAAUGGUGGGAUUUGUACGAAGAAUGCCCCAACGAGAACACCGCCAAAUACCUGUACGAUCUGCCCAAGAGUUCUUGUAAUCCGCACGGCGGCAACAGAGAUUUCUUCACCAUCUACACGUUCAACGACAAGGCGUUCCCGGAGACUUUGAACAUACUAAGCGGCAAAGGAAUUAUCGGAUUGUACACGACGUUUGUCAUCGUGGUGCACACGUUCGUUCGCGGCUUCUUCACCGGCAUAUCGGCCAAGAUCAUGUUCGACGAUAUGCCUUACGUGGACCGGAUCUUACAGCUGUGCUUGGACAUCUACCUGGUGCGGGAGAGCUGCGAGCUGGACCUGGAAGAGGAUCUGUUCGCCAAACUGGUGUUCCUGUAUCGGUCUCCGGAAACCCUCAUCAAAUGGACCCGGCCGCCCGACAAAACGUCCAACGAAGACCCCGAAGACGCUCUGCCCGAACUGUCCGUGUAAAUCUCAUCACAUAGUUGAUUUCGUUUCUCACAUAUCGUAUUAUAUACAUUUCUCUAUAAUUUAUUUUCCAAAUUCUUAGGUAAAACUUUUAUUAUUACAUUUUGUGUAUUUCACAAAUUUUUUGAGCACUUAAAAAAAGGCACGUAACGUUGUGCCUUGUUUCGCGAUAGGACAUCAUCAUAUUUAUUAUUCACUCGUUGAUCGUAUUUCUCAUUCGUUUCGGUUAGGUUUAAUUACUUUUGUUUUUUUUUUUAUUCAUCACUAUUGUUAAUAUUUUUAUUUUUAUUGUUGUUCAAUAGUUUUAUCAAUGUGUGCUAAGUUAUUAUUAUUAUUGUUUUAUUUUUUUUUUUCUAAUAAUUUUGUUAGAAAAACAAACGUAUCAAUUAUUGUUUUUUACUUGCCAUUCACUCGUCACUCCACUUUUUUUUAAAAUUGUUCACCAACAUAUUAUUUUUAAGUCAACAAUCUCAUAUUAUAUUCAUCAUUAAUUAUCAGGCAUAAUCAGGUAUUUGUUCACUGUAUAUAACUGACUACAGUACUAAAUCAAAUAUACUUGAAGUUUUUUUUGCUUUUUAA